AUGCCAAGUCUCCUCGACCUUCCGGACGAGCUUUUGUCCGUCAUCCUCUCUCACCCGCCCCCACCCGAUUCGACACUACCAUCAUGCUUGCUCCCCAGAAGCUUCUCCGACCACGAGUUGCUUGUCGCAUCGUUUUCGUUCUAUCAAAGCCUGGCACAGACCUGCAAGCGCAUGCUCUUCGUCGCGCAGCCACUCCUCUACCAAUCCCUCGCCCUCAACAGCCUCCGCAUCGACGAAUGGGACGACCGCUCCAUGGACCACUAUCCGGACACGCAUCUACUUGCCCGUACCAUGUGCGAAUCACCGCACUUGCGGACUUUGGUGCGCAAAAUCAACAUUCCCAAGUGCGCAGCACUGGAGACGGGCCGAUACUUUGAGGACACUCCCAUCGAAGAUGGAUUCCGCCAGGUGCUUCGCCCGAUUCUGAGCGGAUAUGGAGACUUCUUUGACCUGCUCAUGUACGGUCUGGAUCAGCGUUGUGGCGCAGCAGACGCUGUCGUUGUCAUGCUCUUGUCGCCAAAUUUGGAAAAGGUGACUCUGAAUUGGAGUGGAACCAGGCAGUGUUACCACAAUGCUCGCUUGGGAAGUGAUUGUCAGAUGGCGAUCGUGGGCGAGGCCUUGCGCAUACUCUCUACGACUCAAGUUCCUGGCCAAAUCGCGCCGAGGCCGCUCCUGACCCUCAAACACAUGAGUGUUGAUGGCUGGCAGGAGAAUCGACACUCCCGCCACCUUGCAGAUCAUGCCUCGCCGGACAUUCUCACCAACAUCAUGCAACUUCCUGGUCUACGAUCAGUCGAAGCGAGGUAUCUCGAGCCCAAGAACUUUUAUCCCGAUAUCAUGCAGACCCUCGAACCUGGUUCGAGCGACGUCAGAUCACUCAAGCUAUCGAACAUGUCGCUUGCAGCCCCCUGGCUCAAGAACAUUGUGAGGAGCUGCCGCGGACUCGAGAUCUUCUCGUACGAGGCGCAGAAAUACGAUUGCACGAUCGACUUGGAUGCAGUGCGAGACGCCCUCGUUGGUCAGGAGAACACACUACGAACGCUCUGCGUCACAAAUUUUACUGGUGGGCAGCAAAAGUGGACGACACGGUCUUCACUUGGGUCCCUGACCAGCUUCGUGUAUCUGACACGAUUGGAAGUGGAAGAGAGUGUCCUCGUGGGGCAGCAUGGAGACAUGCGAGCUUGGAGCGUCGUGGACAUGUUGCCGCCGACGAUCAAGACUUUGGUUCUCCACACCUCCAGGGCCGCCAGCCGUCUGACAGCGAUCGUCACGAACCUCGCUCCACUGCAGAGUAAUGCACUCGAUCGUCUCAUCAUCUCGUGUCCACUGUACCGUGUCGAGUACGGGCAAUCCAACGACCUCAACAAUUCGGUACUUUGGUCGGAUCACAUGACAGUCACUUUCUCCGGACUCCAAGAUGUCGGCUGCGCAGAUCUUACAGACUUAGCGGACGGACUCGCAGGAGGCAGGCUGAAGGCUCUGAUUAGAGAGCAGAUGUUGAAGACCUGGGAUCGUGAGGUGGCUCUCGGCGAGGCCCUUCUAAGUGUGUACGAUGGGAAGACUGCGCCCGGAAGAGAAGUCGUCGAACCGGAAGCGGAGGUUGACUUUGGCGAUGCGCUCUCGAGCUUGUUCGAACUUGUCGAGACAGGUCCUGAAGCCUAUCUUAAUGGGUCACUUGCGGACCUCGAACACGGAAAGAAUGCGGACGAGUAA